UGCUCGCUCAGACACUUCGACUCCCCGAGCAGCCGCAGCGCCACACGGUUCCUGCUCAGAGUUCCUCGUAGGGUUCUGCUCGGUCCGACGGACAGGCUGGAGGGAGGCCUCGGGUCCAGUCUGCUGAGGAAGAUCUCUUCCAGGAGGCGAAACAACAGCCCUCAGCCUCCAGAGGCCAAUGACAUGGGAGGAAGUGGAGACGACGGCGGUCCGGGCCGGCUCAGCCGACGGCUGUCCCGUCUGGGCAGCAGGCAUCAGUCCAGGGAUCCUCCGAGACCUCCGGCCCAGCCGGAGAGACCCGCCGCUCCACCGGUUCCACAAGAUGAAAGGCCUCCUCCACCAGGCCCGGCUCUGCCUCCAGCUCCAGCUCCAGCUCCUCUUCCUCCACCGAUGGAGAUGAAACCCAGACGUCCCGACAAAGCGACGAAGCCGAAGCUUCCUCCUCGGCCGCUGUCCAAAGUGUUCAGCAGCACUGAACACGGAGCGGCUGUGCUGCAGGGAUUUGAUAGUUUCCGGGGAGAUGAGACUCUCUGUGAUGUGGUCUUGGUUCCUGGAGACAGUAAGGACACGUUCCCCGUCCACAGAGUCAUCAUGGCUUCAUCCAGCGACUACUUCAAGGCCAUGUUCACAGGAGGCAUGAGGGAGCAGGAGAUGAGGGAGAUCAAGCUGCAUGGGGUGACUAAGACGGGCCUGAAGAACAUCAUAGACUUCAUUUACACAUCCAAAGUCAGCCUGGACAUGGGGAACCUGCAGGACACCCUGGAGGCUGCAAACUUCCUGCAGGUCAUGCCCGUCCUGAGCUUCUGCAACCAGCUGCUGAGCAGUGAGAUCACGAUCGACAACUGUGUGGAGGUGGAGCGCAUCGCCACCGACCUGCCGCUGGGCGACGUUCAGCUCAAUAUCGGUGAGUUUGUGAGCCAGAACCUGUCUGAGCUGGUGGAGUGUGGUCGCUACCUGCAGCUCUCUGAGACCACCAUGGCCAACGCUCUGGCCAGCAACUCUCUGAAGGGUUUCUCUGAGCUGGAGCUCUACCACAUCGCCAGGGGAUGGCUGGACCACGACCCUCCCAACCGCCGCCCCUCCGUCUACGCCUUGAUGCGCCACAUUCGCUUCCCUCUGAUGAGCCCCAGCGAGCUGAUCCAGAUCUCCCAGGACGACGAGGAAGGAGGCGACUCCAUGAUGCGCUCGGACACGGCCUGCGUGAACCUGCUGCUGGAGGCCAGCAACUACCAGAUGAUGCCGUUCAUGCAGCCGGCGCUGCAGACCGAGAGGACGCAGAUCCGGUCGGACGCCACGCAUAUCCUGGCGCUGGGCGGCGUGAUGCGGCAGCAGCUGGUGGUGAGCCGAGAGCUGAGGCUGUACGAUGAGAAGACCGGCCACUGGAGGGCCCUGAAACCCAUGGAGGCACCUCGCUACCAGCAUGGAGUGGCUCUGCUGGGCGGCUUCCUCUUCAUCGUCGGAGGUCAGAUCACCUACGACACAAAGGGUAAGACGGCCAUCGACAGCGCCUACCGCUACGACCCGCGAUUCGACAGGUGGCUUCAGAUUGCGUCGCUCAACGAGAAGAGAACCUUUUUCCACCUCAGCGCUCUGAAGGGGAAGCUGCUGGCGGUGGGAGGAAGGAACGCAUCGGGAGAGAUCAACACAGUGGAGUGCUACAACCUGAAGAAAAACGAGUGGACGUUUGUGACCAGCAUGGUGGAGCCUCACUACGGACACGCCGGGACGGUUCACGGGGACCUCAUGUACAUCUCAGGCGGCAUCACUCGGGACACCUUCCAGAAGGAGCUGUGGUGCUACGACCCGUCCUCGGACACGUGGACGCGGCGCGCCGACAUGAUGGAGCUGCGCGGCCUCCAUUGCAUGUGCACGGUGGGCGAGCGGCUCUACGUGAUGGGAGGGAACCACUUCAGGGGCAGCAGCGACUACGACGACGUGCUCGGCUGCGAGUUCUACAGCCCCGACGCCGACCAGUGGACGGCGGUGGCGCCGAUGCCCCGGGGGCAGAGCGACGUCGGCGUCACGGUGUUCGACGGCCAGGUGUACGUGGUGGGCGGCUACUCCUGGAACAGCCGCUGCAUGGUGGACAUCGUGCAGCGCUACGACCCCGAGCGCGACGUCUGGGACCGGGUCUUCAACGUCCUGGAGCCGCUGGGGGGGAUCCGGGCCUGCACCAUGACGGUCCACCUGCCGGAGGGUUCGGUGGACGAAGCUCAGAUCCAGGAGUGUCCCUUACCCACCACCAAGAGCUGAGAGCAGCGAGGCGGCGGUGGCGGCGGCGGGGGGUUUCCAGACCAGAACUGUGCAGAACAGAAGGCAAACAGGAAGCUGUGUGGGCUGCAAACACCAGCUUCAUGUGUGGGGAGGCAGCUAGCUAGCAUUAGCAUCCUGCAGUCACACUUCUCUACCCAGCGCUUCGUUUCACGUCCGUCCUGCUGCUGCUCGACUCGUUUGACGCAUUCCAGACGCCUCAAGUUUCACAAAAACAUCAGAACUCUGCAAACCGGCCGCCCGUCGUCAGCUAAAAGCUCAACCAGGCAAACGAGUCGACACCGAUUAAAGCCGGCGUUCACCUGAACGGACCACCUGAUCAAAGAGCCUCUGAGCUUCUAGUCGGGAGGUUUUGGGAUGAAAACAUAAAUUUAUUACUGCUUGUCUUAAUUAAGCGUGAAACCAAGAAGGUCUACAGACCCGAUGAUCCACUUCUGAUGAGCUACUGCUGAGUUUAACCAAAGAAGCUCGACGAUGUUCCUGAACACGAGUCUGGAUGAAUGUCUGAUGUGUUUUCUGCUGUACAGUCGCGCUGCUUUGACAUUAAAUAAAUCCUUUAUUCUGCUC